UCUAAACCACGGAGUAUGUGCCUUUAUCUGGGCUCUGUUUCCUCCCUGGGGAACACCAGGUCUUGGAACAAGAAAACUUCUCAGGCUCUCCCCAUGGCAGUCUUAUUCCUCCUCCUGCUGUUCCUAUGUGGAACCCCCCAGGCUGCUGUAGACAACAUCCGGGCCAUCUAUGUGGCCUUGGGAGAAGCAAUGGAGCUGCCAUGUCCCUCACCACCCACUCUACAUGGGGACGAACUCCUGUCUUGGUUCCACAGCCCUGUAGCAGGUUCCUUCACCACCUUGGUGGCCCAAGACCACGUGGCGAGGCCAGCCUCAGACCCUGGGAAACCUGGAAGGGAAUCCAGGCUCAAAUUGCUGGGGAACUAUUCUUUGUGGCUUGAGGGGUCCAAGGAGGGAGAUGCCGGGAGGUACUGGUGCGCAGUGCUGGGUCAGCACCACAACUACCAGAACUGGAGGGUGUAUGACGUCUCUGUGCUCAGAGGAUCCCAGUUAUCUGCGAGGGCUGCAGAUGGAUCCCCCUGCUCUGUCCUCCUGUGCUCUGUGGUCCCCAGCAGACGCCUGGACUCUGUGACAUGGCAGGAGGGGAGGGGUCCUGUGAGGGGCCGUGUUCAGUCCUUCUGGGGUGAUGGGGCUGCCUUGCUCUUGGUGUGUCCUGGGGAGGGGCUUCCUGAGCCCAGGGGCCGCAGACCAAGAACCAUCCGCUGCCUCAUGCCUCACAACAAAGGGGUCAGCUUUAGCCUGGCAGCUUCUCCCACCCUCUGUGCCCCUUCCACGGGCUGGGAUGUGCCCUGGAUCCUGCUGCUGCUGCUCACAGUGGGCCAGGGGGUCGCCAUCCUGGCCCUCAGCAUCGUGCUCUGGAGUCGGAGGGCCCAGGGGGCUCCCAGCCGAGGAAGCCGCAUGCGGUGCUAUGACUGCGGUGGAAGCCCCAGCAGCUCCUGCAAAGAGACCGUGACCACCUGUGGCGAGGGUGAACGCUGUGGCUUCCUGGACCGCAGACCCCAGCCAGGCCCGGGACAGAUCAAGCUAUCUGGGAAUCCCUCAGUGACCUUGAUUCGUCAGCAUCCAGCCUGCGUGGCAGCCCAUCAUUGCAAUCAAGUGGAAACAGAGUCGGUGGGAGACGUGACUUACACAACCCAUAGGGACUGCUGCCUCGGAGACCUGUGCAACAGCGCCGUGGCAAGCCACGUGGCCCCUGCGUGCGUCUUGGCUGCAGCAGCUACCACCCUGGCCUGGCUCUUGCUGGGACUGUGGAGUGGGUAGAGGGAGCAAGGGACAUCUGAACAUCUAAGGUGAAAAGACAAACACUCCUCUGUGAGCCAUUAAAAUCUAUGGACC